UUGUCAUUGGCAGCAGGUGCACGUUUGAACAUGCCUCAGGUGACGCAGAGGUAAUCCCAGCCCACAUUUAUCUGGAUUUGCGGAUCAGUCAUUGAAUAUUUGGUCGUUUAGAAGAGCAAGGAGACACUGAAGAAGACUUUUCAUCUGAAACGUGGCUGUGGUCGAGAGUCAAAUCUGAAUGUUAAUUUAAUGUUGGAUCAGCGUUGAGAUAUCAGUGAAACCAAACAGUGUGACGACACUGGAAUAAGACUGAUUCAAUUGGGGGGCGUGUAGUUGACCAGUGAGGCUGAAAAGUCAAAAAUUUAUAGUUCGUCGAGAAAUUAAAGAUGGUUUCACCUCUGCCACAUAAUUAUGUUGAAAAGUUGGCGAUUAAUGUUGCUGAUGCUGUGGUAGACAACAUUUGUGAACCCCAGAGAUGUCUUCUGCAACAUAUGGUCUAACUCAUCAGAUGGUCAGUGUGGCAGUGUGAAGUCUGCUUUACCCAGGCAGUUCACAGCUACGGUCAAGACUGUGUGAAGGCAGUCUGGAUGAAAAUAUUGUGAGCCAUGGCAUCUUCACUCAAAAGUUUGGUUAAUGAUGAUGACCGAUACCAGAAAUCCUUCCAGCUUUUUUUGGAGCGCUCCUCUGAACACCAGUGUAUGCAGGACUUCAUCCACAAUAAACUGCCAGAUAUACUGGCCAGUGUUGGAGAUGGAAAGUCACAUCUGAAUGUCAUUGGAGUUGGAAGUGGAGCUGGUGAGAUUGACCUAGAGAUGCUCUCUGAGCUCCAUAAGAAGCACCCAGGGGUGAUGGUGGAUAACGAGGUGGUGGAGCCUAGCCACCAGCAGCUAUAUAACUACAAAGUUUUAGUGUCACAGAAACCAGAUUUAGAUUACAUCAAGUUCAACUGGAAUACGAUGACUGCCUCUGAGUUUGAGGAGCACUGGAAAGCCGAAAAGGCCACCAAGAAGGUGGACUUCAUUCACAUGAUACAGAUGCUAUACUACGUGAAGGAUCCCGAAGCAACUGUCAGAUUCUUCCAGAGUCUUCUUGGUAAAAAUGGGAAGCUUCUCAUAAUUCUAGUGUCUGGCAAGAGUGGUUGGGGGAAGCUAUGGCGGACCUACAGAGCACAGCUGUGUCAACCUGACUUAAGUCAGUGUGUGACCACUGGAGACAUCAAAAGCUUCCUGGACUCCAAGGGAGUGCGCUACCAGAGCUAUGAGCUGCCAUCUCAGAUGGAUAUCACCGAGUGUUUCACCGAAGGGGAUGAGAAGGGAGAGCUGCUUCUUGAUUUUCUCACUGAGGUGCUGGAUUUCAGUAACGCAGCUUCACCUGAGCUCAGAGCUGGUGUCCUGGAGAUGCUUCGGCACCCAGACUGUAGUGUAGAGUCCAACGGUAAAGUGAUCUUCAACAACAACCUUGAAGCAAUAGUACUAGACCAGCUCUCCUAAACAUGUACUGUCAGUAUAGUAAAUGUAAGCAGUGGGUGGAUCGCAUUGUUUGAUUUAUUUUGCACUUGAUGUAAAUAAUAACCUGGGUAGAGGAUAUCUACACACCUGCUUCCAUUCAUAUAUUUUGUCUACUUACUAAUAAAAAUAAUGACUCCAUUGAC